CUGUCGUGUGUUUGGAGGAGUGUUCUGUCUUAUUCUGGAUUACCUGCCUGUUUUGGACCUAGUUCCAGUGCUGUAUGGAUUCGGCUUUAUUUUGGACUCUGUCUGCACCUUUCUGUGUACACCCUGUGUUUCAGGGGCGUAUUAAGCACCUUGAUGUGGUAACACUACUACGGAGAAUACCUCCUCCUCUGGGUUUUGGCAAGUUUUGUCCUCAUCGUAUAGCCUGCAAGAGGUUGGUCUCGAUGAACAUGCCUCUCAACAGUGAUGGGACAGUUACCUUCAACGCAACACUGUUUGCCCUGGUUAGAACUGCACUGAAAAUAAAGACAGAAGUCACACUGGGAUAA